GCUGCGCGCUGCGGAAAGAAAACGCAACGGACCAGCUUCCGGCCCUUCCGCGCGGCUCGGCCCCACACUGACUCCGCCACACUCUGGUUCCGCCCUCCAGCCGGAAGGCCUGAGGGCUUCCGGCGCACGGGAUGUCAACGGGGCCCCCUUGGCUUCGAACCUGACUCCUUUUUAAACAUUUUUAAAGGGCAUGUUGUUCUGAAAAUGAGUUUGGUGCUUAGAAACCUGCAACGAGCUGUCCCCAUCAGGAGAGCGCCUCUUCGCAAGAAGUUGGAGAUUGUGAGGAGUAUAUUAGGGGUGCAGAAAUUUGACCUGGCGAUCAUCUGUGUUGACAACAAGAGUAUUCAGCACAUUAAUAAAAUCUACAGAGAGAAAAAUCUGCCAACAGAUGUGCUUUCCUUUCCAUUUCAUGAGAAUGUAAAAGCAGGUGAACUUCCCCAGCCUGAUUUUCCAGAUGACUACAAUUUGGGUGACAUUUUCCUAGGAGUGGAGUAUAUCUUCCAGCAAUGCAAAGGGAAUGAGGAUUACUAUGACGUCCUUACCGUGACCGCCACCCAUGGGCUCUGUCACCUGCUGGGCUUCACACACAGCACAGAGGCUGAAUGGCAGAAGAUGUACCAGAAGGAAAAGCAGGUUCUCGAGGAGCUGAGCCGGCGCACCGGGACCAGUCUCCAGCCCCUAAGCAGGGGCCUCUUCUGACUGCUGGAGGCCCAAGAUGUGAGUGGCACCUGAGGGACUCUCCAGCACACAGGGACACCAUGUGGAGGGCAGAUGGACCCUCACCUUCGGGCCCUGAGGACCAGGCACGCCACCAAACUGAGGGCUCUGCUGGUUGCUACUGCCCCGUGGGGCUGCAGAAGUGACUAAGUAUAAAAAGUAAUGUCCAUUCAUGUCUUCAUUUGGAAGCCAGCAGACAUGUUAUUUUCAGUAUUGCAGAUAAGAUAGUUCUAAACUCUUAGAAUGGAGAGGUGGAGCACAGGAACUUCAUCCGCCUGGGGUUCUGCCUUAGGCGAGAGGCAUUCUUCUCUCCUGCCUGUGCAGCCUGCGCAGGAAAAUCAACCAGGGGCGGGCGUGCCCCUCACCCUCCUUCCUACGGGAACCCUGUUGGAUUCGGUCCCCACUUACCCCUCGAGAGUGCUGUGACCUGGUACCUUCAUGAGGGGAGACACAAGGCUGACCCUUAGGGUGGCCGCAAGGCCCGGGACCACCUCAGUCACGUGACCCACAGCAGCCAUCUCCCACCCGUCACAUCUCGUGAGGUGGUUGCAGCCCCGGCUCGGAGCAUUGCCUGUGGACUCUACCUAAGGCCUCUUUCCUGACAAGACAGGAGCUCUCGAGCCCUGUUGGCCCUGUUCACCCGCUGAGUGAAGUUAAGUGUCUCCUGGCUCCAGGGGAGCCCUGAGCUCCAACUGCCACAUCCCAUCCUCUUUCCUGUGUUUCUUGCCUUGUCCUCUGAAUAUUAAGCCCAGGAGGCAGCACAGACCUUCACCCAGAGCUGCUCAUGGGCCCAGGGCAUCAUGGGAGCAGACCAUGGGCUGCUGGCUGAGCCAGCCCGGACCUCCAUCACUCGGACCUCCCAGGUACCGGUGUUGGCAGCGGCACCGUGACCUCUGCAGAGGCCAUGGCAAUAAAACAGCCUCUCGGGGACUCUGGCCCCAAAACCAGGGAUACUACAAUUCUGAGAAUUUGGUUUCUCCCAUGAAUCCAUCUCAAAAGGUGAAAAUGCAUUUCCCACUGGAUCUGUCAUGUCUCCACUUGGACUUUCCCCAGGCGCUCAGGGACACAGAGGUGGGCUCAUGGUGUUCUUGAGUGCUCAUGGGCUCUGCGCAGCCUGCCUGUAGCCAGGGAAGCUGGCUCUCAGUGGAAAGUCGAACAGCAAAGACCAAAGAUGACCCCACAAA